AUGAUGAACAUCCAAUCCAAUUCUGAACCAAAUAGAAGUUGCUGUAUGAAGCCUAUUGUACAUCGUCAAAUCAUCUUAAUCGGCCUUCUCAUUGUUUUCACUUUACGAGCAUCAAACAGCAUGAGUUAUGAGAAUGAGAGGCUAUUUGAAUCAAAUGAAACCCAAGAACCUCAAGUGAACUAUAUUCUUUCUUCACUAAGAAAAGAUCAACCAAAUAUGGCGAUGAAAGAGAACUUGAGAACCAUUCCUGAAGAUAUGGAAAUUACAUCGGAAAGCCAAAUGCCGCAGACAAAAAACAAUUCUAGCGCAAAAGACCUUCUAUUAUCCCAACGCUACAAUUCUUGGAACUUGUUUGCAGCCGAUUUUAUGCCUAGUGUACUCAGCACUGACCGCUAUAUUACACUAAUAUGGUAUGUACUCGGCUUUCCAGGUAAUCUGAUCUCCUUUUUUGCCUGGAUCAACAAGCGUAUGUACCGUGGAAACUCUGCCGCAAUAUAUCUGGCUGCUUUAUCAUUGAACGACUUUGUUGUGCUUGCAUUUGCCUUAAGUCGAGAUUUGACUAGAAACUGGGGCGUUGAAAAAAUCAUGUUUCCUGGUGCCUGUCAAUUAGAGUAUACUCUUUCAUCCGCACAUCAGUACACUUCAGGUAAUUUGGUGCUAGGCUUCACAAUUGAACGAUGGCUGGCCAUUUGCUAUCCCUUUUCUGUUGACCGAAUUUGCUCCCCUCGUCGAGCCGUUUACCUCUGCCUCGGCAUUCUCAUCUUCACAGUUGCAUGCACAUUGGGUAAUGCAGUCUUUAUCACCAACAAUUAUGCAGAGGCUUCCUGCAAUCUUGAUCAAUCAGUUGGCUUCGCAUAUUAUGUUACUGCUCUAGAGGUCAUUUUCUCUGCCUUGGUACCAAGUUUGGUUUUGAUUUUCAACUGUCUCGUUAUUCGAGAAAUGGCUCGCAUUCAUCAGUCUUCACGACAUAUUGCAGAGAUGGCAGGCCAAUUUUCUACUCCUUCUACUUUCAACUCCUUCCAUUCACCUUCGUCUUGCGAAACGAAUGAGAAAUCAGUGUCUUCCAGAAUAUUAAUGAAGCAAACUGAGACAUCGAAUAGGGUAGUGGCCAAUUUUUGUUACUACUUUCGUCGGAAACCAAGAAGCCAGGUUUUGAAGCAGGAAGUCAGAAGGGAAGUAGAAAUUAAUGCAUUAUUACCAGUUAGCGAAAAAGAUAAUUCCUCACAUCAAUCUACUUCCCAGUUCAGAGCCACUGUGCAGACAAUGAAAUGUGGCUUGGAAUCAGGAAAUUCCAUCAACAGCCAACCGAUGAAGAAGCAUAGUUUUGACUUUCAUCACACUACUUAUGCAAAGAAUGAACUACUACAAGGAGAUCAAAAAAGCCGACGAGCGGUGACCACUAUUUCAGCAAAAAGGACCCUUUUCAAACAGAACCACAGUUCUAUAUCUCCUGUAGAAAAGCGAGACCAGUUGGAUCAAAGUUUCCGUGCUACAACAAUUAUGCUGCUGUUAGUCAGUUUUUUUUUAGUCGUUACAGCAUUAAUGGCUGGUAUUGGAUCACUAUUGAACUCAAUCCAAAAUGUGCCCGCUCUUGAUCAGACGGAAGAGCAGGUAAGGUUCGAAAGCUAA